AUGACGAAAGUGGUUUUAGUAACAGGAGUUUCCAGAGGCAUUGGAAAGUCUAUUGUGGAAACGAUAAUAAAGUUGGAUGAUGAAAUAAUUGUUUAUGGUAUUGCACGCUCUGAGCCUCCUUUAAAGGAAUUGAAGCGAAAGUACGGAGGAAGGUUCUUCUAUGUUGUUGGAGAUAUCACAGAUGACAGUGUGCUAAAGCAGCUUGUUGGUACUGCGGUUGAAGGCCAUGGCAAGAUUGAUUCCCUGAUUGCCAAUGCUGGCGUUCUAGAACCAGUCCAAAAUGUUAAUGAUAUUGUCGCCAGUGAAUGGAAGCAGCUAUUCAAUAUAAAUUUCUUUAGCAUUGUUUCCUUGGUAUCGAUUGCUUUGCCUUACUUGAAAAAAACACAUGGUAACAUCCUUUUUGUCAGUUCAGAUGCGAGUGACACCUAUUUUAAUUGUUGGGGGGCGUAUGGGUCAUCCAAAGCUGCAUUGAAUCAUUUUGCAAUGACUAUUGCAAAUGAAGAGAAAGAUGUCAAGGCACUUGCCGUUGCACCAGGUAUUGUUGAUACGCAAAUGCAAGUUGAAAUAAGAGAGAACUUUGGGCCAAAAUCAAUGUCAGAGCAGUCACUCAAGCUCUUUACCGGACUAAAGGAAGAUAAUCAGCUUCUCGACAGCUCUGUUCCAGCAACGGUUUACGCUAAAUUGGCCGUAAAGGGCAUACCGGAUGCAAUUAAUGGACAGUAUUUGAGCUUCGAUGACAAAUCCUUACAAGAUUUUGCUAAAUAA